AUGGAGAAAACAGAUGAGGAUAUUACUGUCCAUCAAGAAUUGGAAAAUUUUGAUUAUAAUCGCAGUGAUGGUAGCAUUUCAUCGAGGUCGCAAGAACCAAAACAGUUUGCUGAUGAAAUUAAUGCAGAAUUUAUUGAUACAAAAGACGAACCAGAGCACUUGUUAUGUUCUCACUCUUCUUCUCCAAACUCACUAGAAGAAGUAAGACAAGCAGAGUUUGAUGAUUUGGUUGCAAAAUCAAAUCAAGGUUUUGAGGUUAAAGAAGUAGCUGGGAAUGGAAGUGAGGAGAGUGAAGUAGGGACUGAUCACGAAACAAGUGAUGACGAGAAAGAAGCUAACGAACCAGGUCCUUCGAAAUCUCGACGUAUCGUGUUAUCAAGUGAUGAUGAAGAUAAUGGAGAAGGUAUUCCAUCAACACAAAAAUCAGGAAACGACUCGGAAUCCGAGGUGGACGAUACACAUUCAAAAGUUGGUGUCGGUGAGCUAAUGACAAACAUAUUUGGUGAAGAUAGUGACGAUGAAGACGAUAACGAAGAGAAUUCUCAUUCGCAUUAUCAGGAUAACAAAAAUGCAGAGGAUGACGAUGAACCACGUUAUGUUCGUGAUGAGGAUGACGAAAAUUAUGGGCGAGAAUGGGAUUUCGAUACAAUGAUGCGUGAGAAGAAAGCAGAGCGACGAAAACCACGAAGACGUCGACGUGAUGGUUCAAUUGAUGUCGGUGGUGCAUAUGAUGAUCAAAUUAAAGUUCUCAUCGACGCAAUGAAAGCAGCUGCAAAGGUUUCCUUUGCUUGUGUUUCCGGUGCAGAACGUAGUGAAGAUGAUCGUCAUUCAAAUAUGGAGCGGCUUCCUGCUUUACAAAAACGUAAAAUGCUCUCUAGUGUCAAAGCAAUGCUCUUGAAGCACGAUUUGAUGGAAGCAGUUAUUGGUGAGUUGGUGAUAGUAAAUGUAAUAUGGCCCUAUAAUGGUAUGAUGAAUGUGAUAUCAGAAUGGUUGGCACCUUUACCAGAUAAAUCAUUACCUGCUUUGGAAAUCCGAACAGAUUUGCUAAAAAUUUUGCAAGAUUUUAGUCGACUUGAGCCAGGAACGUUGAAGCAAUCUGGUUUAGGUCGAGCUGUUAUGUUACUUUAUAAACAUCCAAGGGAAACGAAAGAAAAUAAGGCUCUUGCAGCUCGACUGAUUAGUGAUUGGGCUAGACCAAUUUUUCAGCUUGAUACGGAUUUCCGUUCUAUGACGAAAGAUGAACGCAUAAAGCGAGAUUAUGAACAAUUACCAGAAGCUAAGCGUCGGCGUCUAAAUGCUGGAUCAGAAAGUUCAGAUGCUGAAAAAGAAACAUCAGAACCACGACCUGGUGACAGAGGGUUCAUUAUGCGAGCACGUGUGCCGCGGCCGUCCCAAAAAGAUUACGUUGUACGCCCGAAGAGUAAUGUGGAAGGACAGUUUCGUGGGGCAACUAAGAAUCGAGCGAAUAGUCGUUUUGAUCGAACUCAAAGAGAAUUUAAAGAACGUACUAAACAGCAGCGAAAUGAACGAGCUGUUGCCGUCAGUAUCAAUCGUGUCAACCUGUGA